AUAGCUGGCAGUCCUCUGUGUAUUUCAAAGAUAUAAUGUAUACCGUCAGCUCGGAAAUCUAUAAAGAAGUGGACUAUGAACAGGUGCGGACGAAGGGCAAUAAUGUCAUCUCCAAGUUCAAAUUUCAUUAUCCUGGCGUCGUUGUGGACAACGAUGGAGACCUUGAUGUGCGACAGCAUCGCGUGGGCGUUAUUGAACUUGAACAUUCCACGGCCACUGAGUUAAAAUUGGUAGGCCUUCAAGUUUGGCGGGGUGCGCUGUUGCUAGCCGAUUAUAUGUUUGCCAAUCGCGAUGAACUGAAGACGAAGACCAUUAUGGAGCUCGGAGCGGGAAUGGGACUGACCAGCAUAGCCGCCGCGAUACACAACAGUGGAAAGACUUACUGCACCGACGUAGAUCUUGGCUGCAUAUUGCAGUUGAUUCGCAGCAAUGUGAAACGCAAUGCUGCUCUUCUAAGCGGGGAAAUUAAAGUAUUGGAGUACGAUUUCUUAAGAAAUCCUUCAGAGUAUAGUUCUGAGCUAAUAUCAGCAAUUGAUGAUAGUGACGUUGUGCUCGCUGCGGAUGUGAUAUAUGAUGACACCCUAACCGAUGCGUUCAUUGCUGUUAUUGAUCAGAUAUUCGCUCGCGGGGUGCAGACGAGCAGAGCCAAGUCUAUCUAUGUGGCACUAGAGAAGCGUUAUGUCUUUACUCUCGAGGAUUGCAAUUCGGUCGCGCCCAUGUACGAGUAUUUUCUGAAGCAAACGUCUAAGAAGCCCUGGUUUUUCGAGAAUGUGCCGCUUGACUUUCCGCAGUUUUUCGCCUAUGAUCGAUGCAAGCAAUUGGUACUCAUACGUAUCACUAACCGGGCCUAAAUUAAUCUCGAUUUUCUUUAAAUAGUCACUCCAUUGUCUUUAAUUUGCAUAGAAAAUUGUCGUUAGUAUAAAACUAGGUACAUGUGUAAUAAAUUAAAACCUAAACCAGUGUAAAACUUUCA